AUGCCUUUCUUCUCUAGCACACUCGGCCUCAACCAAGAGAAUGGCCGCACAACUCGGGCCCAAACCGCGGUUCCAGUCAAGACCACCGCGCUGUCCACCGCCCCCACUACCCAAACGACCCGCCAAGUCAUGGAAAACAUCUCCAACCGAGUCGUCCAGGCCCGAACCGAUGCCACCGUUGGCAAGACUCGCAGCGCGGUAAGCUAA